GCAACAUCUCCUUCUCUGAAAGUGUAUGGUUGUUCUGCGUCGUUCAACCUUCCAGACAGCCAUAUGAUGAUUCUAGCCUUACUUCAGUUGUUGUCGAUGAUGGAUACUCCAGCCAAAGUGAUGUCUAGUCGAAGUAGGAUUCCCCCUAUUCAUAUUGCUAAUACGCCUAUACAGACAGAAGCAGACGCCUCAGUCUUAGUGCGCAAGUUCCAACCCGUACGGGCUACGAGUAUAACCAGCAGCGGUUCUACGCCUACGGUGUAUUUAUAUAUGCCGAUACCGACAGUCUAGAUACUGUAUCAGAACUUGGUUGCCGCCGCCCACGGUAACCAGGUCAGAGAUCUCUUUUACAGAUCAAGUCUAACCGAGCUACUGCAGGAUAAAAGCUGACAUAUACUCAACUUCUAUUCGUCGUCUUUUUCCCGGAAUACUAUCGACUAUAGUUAGU